AGUGAUUGUCAAACGUUGAUGAAAAUAGGGAGCCUCAUUCACAAGAAUUCAGCGUCGUACAAUAAUCGUCAAGAUAAGUACAGUUGUAUUCAAGCAGUUAAGCCUUAACAACAAUAGUAGAAGUUAUUCACUCUUUGUCCAUGUCUAGGAGAAGAUGGCCUCUGCUAAUCUAACCAACGACAACGACGAUUUUAGAAAACGGGAAAUCGAUGACGUAACAGACUGGAGUGAAGUUAUUACUGCGGCAACCAAGAUCAUUGCUUUCAUGGGCAAAUUGUCGAUUGCCAGAAAUCGAGUACCUAGUUUCCAAAUCGACCAGAUCGACCAAAAGAAGAUCCCUUUAAUUCAAGAUCCGGAGAGUUUCCGGAUGGCAUUAUUUCAAAUCUACGCGGAUUCCUUUGAAGCCAUCACGAAAGCGCACAUCGACAUGUUAAGGAUUCAGUUGAAGACGGGACAGGUGCCUCGCUACUACGCAAAUUACAUGGAAUAUCUGAAAAAUGACGAUAGAAAAGCUAAGAAGAAUUCAAUUCGCAGACGCUUGGAUAGAAUCAAACAAGACAUUGACGACGGAGCGACAAUUUCAAAAGAAGUUUGCGAUGCUUUUGACAAAUUAAGUCAGCUGAUUGGACAAGUAAUCGAAGCCUUAAUGACAAGCCUGGACGUCAAGAGAAAAGAGAUUACAGACGAGAUUGGAGAUGAAACUACAAGGAAACAGCAGGAAAACAUCUACAAGUUACGGAAGAAACUUGAAACAGCCGAAGAAAAUGUAAAAGAAAAAAGAAAAGAUUUGGACGACAUCGGCAAACCUAAGAUGGGUGUUUGGCAUUCGUUUUUUCGCCACGAGCCAACAGAAGAAUCGCUUGAACAUGCCCGGAAAAUGUUGGAAGACGCCGAAAAUAAAUUGAAGAACAUCAGGGAAAAAGUUCAGAACGAACUCGAAAUAAUUUCCAAUGAAAAUAUUCAAAAUUGGAAACAUGUCCGAGGUGAUGUAGACAAAGUCGUAGACCGAAAUGAAAUGCUUCAAAUUCUCAAUGAUGGUUUGAAUUACCUCGGCCAGUACCAAGACAAAUGGUCGGGCAUGCAUCGUUAUUUUAUUCAAAUGAGCAAUGACUUGACUAAAAUAUUACUAACUGACUUUUCAGCCGAAAGAGUUGAGGGGAAUAAUGCAAUUGAAGAAUUGGAAAACUCCCUUCAAAUGACGUUAGAAUUCUGCGCCAAGAUGCAUCACUCCGCCAUAAUGCACGCCAAAGUUUUCGACAAGUACAUCAUGAAGAGCAUAUUAUUAGAAAUGCAACCAAUGCUUUUUAUUCCCCACGGUGAAAUUGAGGAAGCUCAAAUGAGGUGGCAAUCGUCUUGGGAGGAAGCGUCUAAUGGCAUUAAGGACAUGUACAAAAAGGACGCAACAUUGGAAUAGAAAAACUCAAAUUCU